AUGCGCCUCAAAGCAGUUCUACUCCUAUGCGCCCUCUGCGCUCUAGCCGCCAAGCUCGUUACACCACUUCAAGGUAAGCCAUCGACCUUCCGAACGAGCUUCCUUCGUACCGCACCCCCAAAGGUCACUUCGAUCAACCCACGGGAUGUCCAAACCAUCAACUGCAAAGGCAGCGCCUUGUGCCACAUGCUCCGACCCAGUCGGCCCCUCUCCAAGCUCGUCUCUGCUCUGCAGCACUUACCAGACAACGUCUAUUACACCCGAGGCGGGCAACACAUCGCCUGUUUCGACCACCUGUGCGCCUUCCUCGAAUACUCAGACGCCUACGCCUCCAGAUCGUUCGCCAAGCUCCGACUGCCGGACGGCCGUCCCAUCCCGGCAGCUGCUUCGGACCAGAUCAAGCAGCUGGCGGCCCGGCUGGAGGCCUAUGGCUGCCAGGCUUGCGGAAGCGUGCCGGUAGGGUAUCCGGAGAAGGUGAAGGGAGAUGUGGUAUUGCGCUUUGAUUAUGUGAGCUGGCCUUGUGUGGGCCAGAAGGAGGGCGUAUGUCCGUUUGGGUUGCAGGGUGAUGGGAGGUUGGAUGGAAGAGGAGAGGAUCCACUCACUGUUAUUGGGAGGCUUUUCGAUGGGCUUGGAAUGCUGGCGGACGAUCAGGGGAGGGAUUGA